AGAUGAAUAGAAGCACUUUUUCCCCCCCAAAGAAUCCUGCAAACUCAGCCACACCGGAGGGAAGGGGAUCAGCCUCACCAUCCAGCACCAGUUCAACUCACUCCAAAAAUCCAGGCUCUGGUAGGGGAGGAGCAGCGCCGCCCCCGAGGUAUUUAACCCAAGCCUGGAGCUUGAGGGGCCCUUGGACUCUCCAGCUCCACAGUGCUAGCGCCUCCCCCUCUUCAACCCCCCUCCUCCAGCACACCCCACCCUCCACCCCGCGCUAGCCCCGCUCACUAGCCGGUGCAGGCAGCCUGGCACCGGCUAGUGAGCCCGGCUCUUGCGUCUGCUGAGCCGCCCCCGACCACUGCCACCGCGCACUGCCCAGCCCGCGCCACCCGGUUGCCAGCAGAGUGUACCCCGCAGCAGCCCGAGCCGGGACGCCAGUCCGAGCGCCCUACAGACGGCCAGGGGUCCGUGUUCACGCAGCCAGCGGCAUGGAUUCGGAUUCCGGGGAGCAGAGCGAGGGCGAGGCCGUGACUGCCGCAGGUCCCGAUGUUUUCAGUUCCAAGAGUCUUGCCCUUCAAGCCCAGAAGAAGAUUCUCAGCAAAAUAGCCAGCAAAACUGUGGCCAACAUGUUAAUUGAUGAUACCAGCAGCGAGAUCUUUGAUGAGCUCUACAAAGUCACCAAAGAAUACACCCACAACAAGAAAGAAGCACACAAGAUCAUGAAAGACUUAAUCAAGGUGGCGAUCAAAAUCGGGAUCCUCUACCGGAACAACCAGUUCAACCAGGAGGAAGUUGUGGUUGUGGAGAAGUUCCGGAAAAAGCUGAACCAGACAGCCAUGACCAUGGUCAGCUUCUACGAGGUGGAAUACACCUUUGAUAGGAAUGUGCUUUCCAAGCUCCUGCAUGAGUGCAAGGAGUUGGUGCACGAACUGGUGCAGCGGCACCUGACACCCCGGACCCAUGGGCGCAUCAACCAUGUCUUCAACCACUUUGCAGACGUGGAGUUCCUCUCCACUCUCUAUAGUCUAGAUGGAGACUGUAGGCCCAACCUCAAGCGAAUUUGUGAAGGGAUUAAUAAAUUGCUAGAUGAGAAAGUCCUUUGAGUGGUCUCCCUCCUCCCAGACUUUGCUGAUUGAAAGUUGCACUGCCCAUUGUCAUCUAAGUGAGAAUCAAGAAACAAGAAACCUUUGUCAAAGUUGCCCACAUUCUGUCCUGAUCCAUCUCCUGAUGCUGAUGCUGGACUGAACUCGGGUGUAUUGCCUGAGUUCUCUGACGCCUGUCCUACCAUCACCUGUGUUUGCAAGCCCAAAGGACUGCAUUAUUUCCAACCAGAAAGGCUGCUUUGUUCAUCAGGUGAGCUCAGUUCAUCUCAUGGCAGGGGAAGGAAGCCUGGACCAGGAGCCUGAGGAUGGGAAUUUGCUUCCCACUCCAUUUUCCACAACUCCAUGCUCUUUAUCCCAGAACCACAGGUCUGUCUGCCUACCUCACAGGGCUGUUGUAAGGACAGAAGGAGAUGAUGUGUGUCCCUGCUUUGGAAAAUGAUGCUGCAAGGUUACUUAGUAUUUCCCCUUCUGAGUGUGAGAGGGAUUUACACGGAUCUGAACUAUGAAGCAGCAUAGAAGAAAAAGGACAGUAGAAUCUACCAGGCUGAGGUGGUAACCUCUCUCUCAACGUAUUGUUUCAAGAAAUACAACAUAAUCCAAAAGUGUGGGGGGAAAAAGUCUAAUUGCAAACUAGAAGAGUUGUGUUUUUUAGGUCUUAGAGCAGGUUUAUGAUCCUGUGGAGGGAGGCUUCCAUGGCCACUAGGGGUUGCCCACCCAUCACACAGAAACAAGGAAGCACUGUGCCCCUCCUCCCAUAAGGGGCACCAUCCUCACUGGCUUGCACAGGGCUUGCACAGGGCAGUCAGGCGGAAAGAACCUUCAUCCGUAUUUCUUAGCCUUUCACAGUCAUUUUGUGCUGUUUUCUCUGGUUCAUUAAUAAACUGAAACUAUACCA